CGCUGCCCUGGGCGCGCUUCUCUGGCUGGCUCGAGUGUGUGUGCGUGGUGGCCUUCGACCUGGAGCUCGGCCAGGCCCUGGAGGGGCCUUGCUGACUAAGGGAUUGCUGCCUGACCCUGGCCUGGAAGUGAACAGAAAAUACUGAAGAAUGAAGAGGACAGCCAAUUCCUGAAGCAGGGCAGAGAGCAAGGAAAAGACCAGCCUGGCACUGAACUUCUCCGAGUAUCGCUGGCACUCUUGGGUCCAGGGGAAAGGACGGUCAGGAAAAUGUAUUACCCUGCUUUUUGCCACCAGCCCCCAAGGACCAUGGGGCCUUUCAUGUGUCCUGAGCUGUUCCCUCUUCUCUGUGUGUCUUCCCUCAUUAGAAUGAGAGCUCCUGGAAAGCAGGAACUGUCGGCUUUUCCCUUAGGUCCCCAGCACUUAGCAAGUGCUCAGCACUUAAUUUGUAAGCAUUUAAUAAAAGCUUUACUCAUUCCGAGAUGAGGACUAGAGAAAGGUCAGAAUUUGGAAUCUGGGCAUCCUACUGCUGCUUACAACCCGUGUACGCUUGACCAGAUGCCUCCCCUUGUCUGAGCUUCGGCCUCCUCAUGUGUAAAGUGGUCCCUUCCAGGUCUGAAUCUGGGACCUUAUGGCUGGUUUUCUGCCUCGGUGACAUACAAGCCUUCACAGCAGUCAGAGCCCUGACUGCCCUGGAGACCUCUUGGACAGUCGGAGCCCUGGGUGACGGCAAGGCCCACACUGCCCCUUCCUUUACUGCACGCUCCUCAGCCACUGUUGCCCAGACUGGCUGAAGAUGAGUGAAUUUCCUGUGUGACUGUUGGAGGGGCUGCUGCAGGCAGAGCUUGGCGGGUCUAGAGGCUAGCUUUGGAAUACUUGCAGAGCUGCAUCACCCAAGUGGAAGGGGCUGCACUGGUGAGCAGCUUGUUCGCUCUGACAGGAUGUGGGCGGCAGAUUCCUUCACAGGUCUUCUGGAAUCCUCCUCGGUCACUGCAUCCUUAAGUCUUUCCAAGCUGGUAUACCCUUAUGACUCCAGGCUGACAGAGAAGGAGAAAACCAGCAUCUGCUACUUGUCUUUUCCCGACUCUUACUCAGGCUGCCUUGGGGACACCCAGUUUAGCUUCCGGAUGCGUCAGUCUGGGGGACAGAGGGACCUCCACUCUCUUGAUGAUGACGAUGGCUAUGACAGAGGGGCUCCCGUCACCCUGCAGAGAGAGGCCGCCCACUUGUUUGGCUACGUGUACUUCAGACAGGUAAAGGACAGUGCUGUGAAGAGAGGCUACUUCCAGAAGUCACUGGUGCUGGUGUCCCGCCUGCCCUACGUGAAUUUGUUCCGGUCACUGCUGAACCUCAUUGCCCCUGAAUACUUUGAGAAGCUGGUUCCGUGCCUGGAAGCGGUGUGCAACGAGAUUGACCAGUGGCCCCCCCCAGUGCCAGGACAGACUCUGAAUCUGCCCGUGAUGGGAGUCGUCAUGCAGGUGCGGAUCCCAUCCCGUGUAGACAAGUUAGAGGCAAGCCCUGUAAAGCAGUUUAACCAGGAGAACCUGCUCCCUGCUCCGUUAGUUCUCUCCAGUGUUAAUGAGCUGGAUCUUUUCAGGUGUUUCCAGCCUGUGCUGAUUCACAUCCAGCUGCUGUGGGAGCUGAUGCUCCUGGGGGAGCCCCUUGUUGUCAUGGCCCCAUCUCCAACCAUCUCGUCAGAGAUGGUGCUGGCCCUGACCAGCUGCCUGACUCCCCUCAAGUUCUGCUGUGACUACCGACCCUACUUCACCAUCCAUGACAGCGAGUUCAAGGAGUACACUACGCGAACCCAAGCCCCACCGAAUGUUGUCCUGGGAGUCACAAAUCCUUUUUUUAUCAAAACACUUCAGCAUUGGCCACACAUCCUCCGGAUUGGAGAACUCAAAAUGUCAGGGGACCUUCCCAAGCAAGUCAAGAUGAAGAAACUCACCAAGUUGAAGACCCUGGACACCAAGCCAGGGCUCUACACAUCCUACAAAACCUACCUGCACAAAGACAAAUCACUUAUUAAGAGGCUGUUGAAGGGCAUCCAGAGGAAGCGUCCUUCAGAGGCGCAGAGCGCACUGGUUCGACGACACCUCCUGGAGCUCACCCAGAGUUUCAUCAUCCCUCUGGAACAUUACAUGGCAAGCCUGAUGCCCCUGCAAAGGGCUGUCACGCCCUGGAAGACUCCUCCCCAGAUCCGUCCUUUCCACCAGGAUGACUUCCUGAAGAGCCUGGAGCAUGCUGGUCCCCAGCUUACCUGUGUCCUCAAGGGGGAUUGGCUAGGCCUAUACAGGCGAUUUUUCAAGUCUCCUCAUUUUGAUGGCUGGUACCGGCAGCGGCACAGGGAGAUGACCCAGAAGCUGGAGGCGUUGCACCUGGAGGUGAUCUGUGAGGCGAACAUCCUGACCUGGAUGAAAGACAAGUCUGAAGUAGAGAUCGUCGAUCUGGUCCUGAAGCUUCGAGAAAAGCUGAUUCAGGCCCAGGCUCACCGGCUCCCGGUGAAGGAGGAGACGCUGCAGCGGGUGGCUCUGUAUAUCGACACUGUCAUUGGUUCCCUGCCUGAUGACCUGCAGGCCGUCCUGCGGCACCCCUGAGGUCAUGCUGCUCUUCAGGCUUCCAGAAGAAAGGGAGGACUAGAGGUUGCCCAGUCCUGCCAAGCCUUCUUGGCCCUGGCCCCUCUGAGCUCUGGGCUGGGAGGGUAAGGAGAGACCCAGGAGGCCAGGCUGGGCAGGAGGGAAAUGGGUGAUGAGUGGCCAGGCUUCUCCUUCCAGCCACACCUUGCUCCCUGGGGGGCUGGGCCCAGUGGAGUAGGAGCCUGGGACUUCAGCCCCUUCUUCCCCUUUCCUUCAUCAUGACUGCCUCAGGAGCCUCUGGGAGGGGCUGUGCUGGACCCAGCCUCUGUUAGGGCAGGGUUUACCAGCUGCUCAGCACUGCAGAGACCCUUCAUUGGAAGGACCACCAUGCAGGGAGCCUGAGGGCGGGAGCCAGGACAGCAGCCAGGUGGGCCCUUCAUCUGCAUAGUCCCCUGCCCUUUCCCUGGGACUCUGCUUGGGCUCCCACGUUGUGCCCGCCCCAGAGAAGGCUCCUGCUGAGCCCAGGUGAAGGAUAAGGGGCCUGGUGCCAAGCAAGCCCUUUGCGUUCCACAUCCCGUUUCAAAGCAGGGAGCUUCAGCCAAGCACAAGCCGACCCCGUUGCCUGUUCCCCUGAGCCCCCUCCCGCAGCCCUACCACCACCCCUUAUGCUGAGGGCCGGGCCCGGUGGGGCAAGGCCAAAGCAGCUGGCUCUGCUUUCCCAUCUCACCAGAGAGCGUGGGCCCUGUCUCCAGCUGGCUCCUGGAGUUUCCUGUGGGCCUGGAUAACUGAAGCCAUCAAUCCGUCUAAUAGUAAAGGAGAUUGUUUUAAACGGUGGACUGUGCCCUCUCUGGCUGGGCAGGUAUGGGGGAGGCUGGCCACA